AUGUCAGAUUCGUUCAUUGUAAAUACGAAACUUCGAGAUCCUUUAUUUUCUCGAUACCUUGACGAACAGCAUAAAUCAGCAUCGAAAGACAGCAAAGAACAAACGCAAAAAAGUUGUCAAUCAUCCAUUCAAAUAGAAAAUGCAUUUACUCGAACAACAACACCGCCUGUAUUCAAUGACAGUAGACAACAAAUGCAUAUUAUACAAAAUCGUCGUUAUCCAGUAGCCAAACAUAAAACGAUCGCUGCACCAAAAGGUUCACAUGCUGGUCGAUUUAUUAAACGAUUACAGCGUGAACAUAAAAAAUUUGGUAGAGCUCGGAGUAGUGGUGAUACUAUUGAACAUGUGCAGACGACUCUUUAUCCACCACAAAUACUUGCACCACCAACGUUUCAAACACAAACAUCUAAUCGUCAACAUCUUGUACGUCAAUCUGUUCCUACUCCACUUAAAAGUCAUGAUCUAACAAAUCAAAAUUUAUUAUGUUCUUGCCCUCAUCCACCUGAACCACUAAAUUUUCCUUCUUCCACACUCGUUGCUCCGAUUUCUGAAAAUUUACGUUUUUCAACUAAUUUUUCACUUUCUUCAGUACCGUAUCGUUCUUUAUCUCCUGCUACAUAUCAGUCAAUUCAUCGUAAACAGUCUAAAUUAAACCCGUCAUUUCAACAGCCGCAAGUAAAUAUUACUCAUGAACAACAACAACAACCACAACGAAGAAAACCAUUUGUGCGUAAAACUACAAAUCAAGAUAUUCGAACGUUACUAAAUACUGUGUAUCAGCCGCCACCACAAAAAACUCGACAAGUAGUCAUAGAUAAUCCAUUAAUAAAACGAAAAUCUUUGAGAAAUAUUAAUUUGAAUGAAAAAAGUCAUUUCUUGAUUUCUCGACUCAACAGUUUACUCAAUUAUGUAUCUAAAAAGAUGAAUAAUGAUCAAACAAAAAAUAAAGAAUGUACUAUGAAAGAUAUAUUAAAUCAACGAAUAUAUCAUGCAGUUGUUAAUGACCAUCAUACGACGAUAGAUGAGGAUGAAUCUAUUGAAAACUCAACUAUAAAUUCAAAAUUAACAGAUGAUCGUGUUAAAGAUUCAAAUUAUGAUCCAAUGCUUCUUCGACAUAUCCAAGAUCAAACAAGAUCGAUUUCAUCAAAUACUGAACUGACAGAAUCCUUACAAGAUAAUGUGCCCUUCUAUCCGUUCUUCUCCUUGGAUGAAAGUAAUCCUAAACUAAUUCGUCGUCGAUCGAGUUCGGUGGCGAUGAAUAAUGACUCUUUUCAACGGCAACAAAAUCUUCAACCACAGUACCUUCAAGACAAUACGUCGUUGUUCAUACAUCCGUCCGAUCAAUCGUUAGUUCGACCGCAACCAUUAUUUUCCUUUCCACAAAAAUCUUCGCUAACAAUGACCGGUGAAAUUGAACAAACAUCGCAAACCCCAUCUUUCUCUUCAAUAUUUCAACCAAUACGACCAGCCCCACUUUCCGAUCAGCAAUCGCAACAAAGAAGGCACCAACAGCCACCAUCAAUGAUGAACAAGAGUUUCAAUGAACCAAAAGCAACAAGUAAUAUCUUCUGUCUAAAAAUAAUAACAGUUGCUUUAUUGUAGAAAAAAGUUGUUAGUUUUAUCCAUCUUUCAACAAAUGAACGAAGAUUUUAGAAAAACUUUUUCCAAUCAAAAGAGAUACAUCCCCUUUUUUACCUUCUAUUCUGUGACGAGCAUUAGUCAGGUUAAAUCUAGAGUUUGACAUUUCAAUUUUAAUAUCGUAACAAUUUCAUAUCUUUGUAAAGAUAUGAGCGCAUGCUCAUUAACCUAUUUAUUUAUUCCAAUUUAAUUAUCUACACACACAAAAUGAUUUUUUUAUAGUUAAGAUGCACCCAGGGCAGCCUUGCAGUGAAAUUUAUUUUUCGACACUUCAUACACCAUUCGAUAGAGAAUUUCGCGGUGAUCACGAAUAUCACUUCCAAGGCUCUCAGAACCCUUUCCUCACU